AACACUGGUCGUAAGUAUCGUGACCGUCAAUUGUAGCGAAUCGCAGUCGACCGAGCGUCCGGGUGCGUGUUUAUUGUAGUGGUUUGCAAAAUAAUAAUGGUGAGCGCGUGAUAAAAAGAUCGGACAUCACGACAUACGUUCGAGUCGACGUGUGUCACCAUCGGUAUCAGUUCAUUUGUCGUCAAUCUGUCGCGGGUGAGCACGUCGCCGGUAGCAAGGAAGAGCCAGCACGAUAAACAGCGAUGACUAGUCUGAGGCAAACACCGCUCACGUGCAGCGGGCACACGAGGCCUGUCGUUCAUCUAGCCUUCUCCGAUAUUACUGAAUCCGGAUACUAUCUCAUUUCGGCGUGCAAAGAUGGCAAGCCUAUGUUACGACAAGGUGACACUGGAGAUUGGAUUGGCACAUUUGAAGGGCAUAAAGGGGCAGUAUGGGGUGUGGCGUUAAAUCCAGAUGCUACUAGAGCUGCAACCGGCGCAGCCGAUUUUAAUGCUAAAGUCUGGGAUGCGAUUAAGGGGGAAGAGGUACAUUCGUUUGUACACAAACAUAUAGUAAAAACUGUUAAUUUCAGUACAGAUUCCAAUCAUCUAUGUACUGGUUCCAACGAAAAGAUUGUACGCAUUUAUGAUCUUAAUAAACCAGAAGCAGCUCCACAGAUCUUUUCAGGUCAUACAAGUGGUAUUAGACAUGCCACUUUCUUCGAUAAUAACUCUGCCUUAAUUACUUGUGCAGAUGAUAAAACAUUAAGGGUGUGGGAUAGAAAUAGUGGGCAAGAAAUUAAAAGAUUAGACUUUCCUGCAAUUCCAAGUUCCAUGGAAGUGUCCAAAGAUGGGGAGAUUAUCACCACAACUCAUUCUAAUAUUGUUAGUUUCUGGGAUAGCAAGGAAUUAACCAAGAUAAAAGAAUUCGCGGUUCCGACUCAAGUUAAUAGUGCUAGCUUACAUCCGGAUUGCACCAUAUUUGUGUGUGGUGGGGAGGACUUUAAAAUGUAUAAAUUUGACUACGAUACUGGAGUAGAAUUAGAAUCAUUCAAGGGACACUUUGGACCUGUACAUUGGGUACGCUUUUCACCAGACGGUGAAUUAUACGCCAGUGGAUCUGAAGACGGCACCUUGAGAUUGUGGCAGACCGUAGUCGGCAAAACCUAUGGAUUAUGGCGCUGCAUCGAACAGAUGCCUGCGAUACAAGAAAAUACCACUAUCGUCAAUAACAAACAAGAAGUUCCUGCCAAUUAAAGUUAAACUUCGGAAAAGUAACAAAAAUUCUAGUUUUUUAUUAGUCCAAAAACAAAUAUUUUGGAGUGAACUAGAAUGAAUGAAUGAAUUUGAUUUUCUCACUUCUGUUCUUAUUGAAAUAAAGCGUGAGGUUUCAGUGGAGGCUGUGACCACUUCCUAAAAGAAUUUGUUAUUUGUGCAAAGAAUUUUUAUGAAUCGCCUCGCAUUUCAUUCAUAGAAGAUUCAUCCGCUCGUCGGAAUUCUUUGUAAAUAAUUGAUUCUUUUAGGAAGUGAUUACUCGUCUGCACUAAAACUUCAUAAAAACAGAAGUGAGAGAAUCUAAUUUUGAAGUUACGGAGGUGCAGGGCAAUCGUUAUUUAUAUUACCAAACAAAACGACGAAGAAAAAGAAAUAUUAACAUUUAUUAACAUUAUACACACCAUGUCACGUUGUUAUUAUAAUACAAAAUUAGAUAGACGUGUAACGAGAGAAAGAAGGACAAGUGCAAAACAAACGCUGUAUUUGCAUUUCUUAUUUUCAGCCCGAUACCGUCCGUCAUCGACACGUGAUACUGACAAUACGUAACAUAUAAUAUGCUCUAUAAUCGUGUUUGAUCCCAGUCUCCGUGAUGACGUAAUAUCGCCACAACGUGACAACUUUUAAGUCUUGUUUAUACUUGCUCACUGCUCAUCAGUGCGUUAGAUCAGCUAAUGCACUGAUCUCCAUUCGAAGAGUUCCACGAGGUUGUCCAGAAAGUAAAAUUAAAACGUAAUAAAAAUAAAAACAUUUAUUGCAAAAUCGAGUAAAAGUUUUCCUAAUAUGCACAUAUUUAGCUAUUAUUUAAUAUAAUUAUCAUAGUUGUCAAGACAUUUGUUUAGUAUGCAAGACGAAUUCUCUUUUACUUUAAUUACUAUUCCAGUGUCAUAGAAUUCUGUUGUCUGCGCACGUAGUUUUUUGGAUUGCGAGAACACGUCAUACUUGAAACUUUACAUACAGUAAGCGAUUUAGCGAUUUUUAUUAAUUUUUAUUAAAAAACAAAAACAUUUGCUUGAUAAGAAAUUCGAUAAGAAUUUGUAUCUGUAUUAAAUAUCUUGAUAAUUAUAUCUAAAAAUAACUAAAUGUAUGGAUUGAAUAUUUUUCACUCAAUUUUGUAAUAAAUGUUUUUUUAAAUUUUCAAUAUGUUUGUACCUUUACUUUCAGGACAAGACUUCUACGAGAUUAUCCUUGCAUAUUUCGCGUGUCUUUCUGCUUUCUUAUGUUUUCGACGAUACGAUUUCAUUCUUCUUCAUUGAACUAAAAUACUUACUUCUUAUUAUCUAUAUUUACACGCCACCAGGUACUCUUUCUUUUAUCUUUUAAUAGAUAAAUGUCUCUUGCGUGGCUCAUUACAUUGAAGACGUGCACUCUUCUCUCUCUCUCUCU